AUGAACGGAAACUUUGACCAGUAUAUCAACAACUGUGAUAAUUUGGAUGAACAGAUUAGCGUCACCGACUUCAUCAAGACUUUGAAGAAGGUCGAGUCAUCCGACACUCUCAACGGUCGCGACAGUACCUCGUCGAGCUCGUCAACCGACAAACUCGCGAAACUUCCAGAAGACGGACGUAAAGUCGACAAGAAGGGAAGUGCGAAUGACUUGUUGCAAAACAUGCGAAAGCGAUUCGUUCAUCGCGCCACCGAACCGAUUUUCCACGCGUUGCCAGAGGCGCAGGAACGACGAGUCGUCAGCGGACGGGACGGCUCCUCCAGCUCCACCAAGAACUUCAGCCUCAGCCGGGAGCCGAAAAGCGUCGAAGGAGGAUGCGACGACCUCGUAAAAAUGCCGAGUUUCGACAACUCGCUGGACCGAAAGACUGAUUCCGAACCGACGUUAUCCAAAACAUUGAAAAAGUAUAAUACUCCAUGA